AUGAGAUCAACCAUGAGCCGCCAGUUUAGCUCUCAGUCUGCGUUUAGCUCCAGGAGCAGGCGGGUCUAUAGCACCAGGUCUUCCGCGGGCUCUGGUGGUGGGAGUCGGACUGUGGGUUCUGUGUGCCAGGCCCGAGGCAGGUGCGGUGGUAGCAGUGGCGGUGGCGGUUUCGGCAGUGGUUACUGGAGCCAUGGCGGAGGCUUUGGCUCUAGGAGCCUCUACAACUUGGGGGGCAGUAAAAGCAUCUCUGUGAGCCUAACAGGAAGGGGCGGCAGCGGGUUCUGCCAGGGCUGGGGAGCAGGAAGGUUUGGAAGGGGUCUAAGCUUUGCCACGGGCCGCUUUGGGGGUGGUGGCUAUGGAGGAGGUGGCUUUGGGGCUAGCAAUUUUGCUCUUGGGGGAUUUGGUCCUUCUUGUCCUCCGGGAGGCAUCCAAGAGGUGACCAUUAACUCGAGCCUCCUGGAGCCCCUGCACCUGGAGGUGGACCCUGAAAUUCACAAGGUGAAGACCAAGGAGCGGGAGCAGAUCAUGGUUCUCAACAACAAGUUUGCCUCCUUCAUCGACAAGGUGCGCUUCCUGGAGCAGCAGAACCAGGUGCUACAGACGAAAUGGGAGCUGCUGCAGCAGGUGAACACCUCCACCCGGACCAACAACCUGGAGCCCAUCCUGGAGGCCUACAUCAGCGAGCUGCGGAGACAGGUGGACACACUCAACUCUGAGCAGAUGCGCCAGAACUCGGAGGCCAGGAACAUGGAGGAUGUUGUGGAGGACUUCAAGAAAAAGUAUGAGGAUGAAAUCAACAAGAGGACCAGCUCCGAGAACGAUUUUGUGGUCCUCAAGAAGGAUGUAGACUCUGCGUACAUGAGCAAAGUCGAUCUGCAGUCUAAGGUGGACACACUGCUUGGGGAAGCCAAUUUCCUGAGAUACUUGUUCGACACGGAGCUGUCCCAGAUGCAGACCCACAUCACCGACACCAACGUCAUCCUGUCCAUGGACAACAACCGCUCCUUGGACCUGGACAGCAUCAUUGACGCCGUGCGGACGCAGUACGAGCUGAUUGCACAGAGGAGCAAGGAUGAAGCCGAGGCGCUCUACCAGACCAAGUACGAAGAGCUGCAGAUCACGGCGGGGAGGCACGGAGACGACCUAAAGAAUACCAAGUUGGAGAUCUCUGAGCUCAAUCGUACCAUCCAGCGGCUGCAGGCGGAGAUCAGCAACGUCAGGAAGCAGACAGAUCAAAUGCACUCGGCCAUCUCGGAUGCGGAGGAGCGAGGAGAGCGCGCUCUCCAGGACGCACGGCAGAAGCUGCAGGACCUGGACGAGGCCCUGCAGCAGUCCAAGGAGGAGCUGGCCCGGCUGCUACGUGACUACCAGUCUCUGCUGGCGGUCAAGCUGUCCCUGGAUGUGGAGAUUGCCACCUACCGCGCGCUGCUGGAGGGAGAGGAGAGCAGGAUGUCAGGAGAAUUGCAGAGCCAAGUGAGCAUUGAGGUGCAGAGCAGCCAGGUGACCGUGGGCGCCGGCGGGGGAGGCAGCGGCGGCAGCCGAGGCUUUGGAGGUUACGGCGGCGGCGGCGGUGGAAGCUACAGCGGCGGCAGCAGCUCCCGCAGCAGUGGCGGAAGAAGCUAUGGAGGCGGCGGCGGCGGCGGCAGCUCCCGCGGGGGCAGUGGAGGCGGCUAUGGGGGAGGCAGCUACGGAGCAAGCAGCAAGUCCGGCGGCGGCGGCGGCGGCUCCUCGCGCAGGCAAAUCAUCCAGACGUCCACCAGCACCUCGCACCGGCGGGUGGUGGGCUAG